AUGGCCACCGGUAAGCAGAAAUGGAUUGAAACACAGCAAGAGAUAAAGAAGAAGGUCAAGAAUGGUGAUUCCGAAGGAUUCAGUAAUACUCUUCCUCAUCUUUCUCAUGAUAUUAUUAUAAAUGAUAUAUUAACAAGAGUACCUGUUGAUAGCUUAAUGAGAUUCAGAUGUAUAUGCAAAUUAUGGUCUAAUUUAAUUGUCAAUGAUUUGAAAUUUGUCAGUUUACACUUCAGCAGAACUUACAGUGAUCGUGGAUUUAUUUGGCUUUUUUAUCUUGACCGAGAUAAUGGUACUUAUUUUAUGAGAUCUAAUGGUGUUGUUUUCUAUGAUAUUGAUAGGAAAGAAAAGAAGAUUUUUCAUUUUAGACCUGAAACUGUUAAACUUCCUAUUCUUCAAGAUAUUGCUUGUCUAAGGAAUUCUUAUGAGUUCCUUCCGCAGUUGGCUUAUGAUUCAAUCAUGAAAAAGUACAAGGUUUUUUGUAUUUAUUAUGAUACUGGACGGAUACAGAACGGCCAGUACUUUUUCAAGAUUCUUACUCUAGGUACUGAAAGUGAACCAUGGAGAGAUGUGGUUGUUUCGGAAUUGUAUCCUCGUUUACGGCAUGAUGACCUUCAACCGAGGUUUGCUAGUGGGUCUUUCUAUUGGUUGACCCAUGAUAGGUUUGAGAGUUAUUCAAGCGAUGAUCAGAGAAAAAUACUUGCUUUCGAUGUUAGUAGAGAAACAUUCUACACAAUAAAAUAUCCAAAGGGAGCUUUGAAUGAUUAA